AUGUCUUAUAUGUUAGCGCAUUUACACAACGGCUGGCAAGUCGACCAAGCUAUCCUAUCUGAAGAAGAUAGAGUUGUAGUAAUACGAUUUGGUCACGAUUGGGAUCCUUCUUGCAUGAAAAUGGACGAGGUUCUCUACAGCAUCGCAGAAAAAGUAAAAAAUUUUGCAGUGAUAUACUUAGUUGAUAUAACUGAAGUGCCAGACUUUAACAAAAUGUAUGAAUUGUAUGAUCCUUGCACAGUGAUGUUUUUCUUCAGAAACAAGCAUAUUAUGAUAGAUUUAGGUACUGGUAAUAAUAACAAAAUCAACUGGCCACUAGAAGAUAAGCAAGAAAUGAUCGACAUUGUUGAAACUGUUUAUAGAGGUGCUAGAAAAGGUAGAGGUUUAGUGGUAUCACCUAAAGACUAUUCCACAAAGUACAGAUACUAA